AAAAAAUCUCGUAUAAAUCAGCCUUGCCGUAUUCGCUUUAUUUAACACACAAAUAAACAGUUUAAACUGGAUGCUACUCGUCGACAAACUGAGCGGUCUUGAGGGCUCGUUUGUCGUUUUUAUGUUUAGGGGAUAGUUUUUAAUGUUUAACAAUUGCAUUCAUAUACUUGGUGGUAAGUGCACAAGGCUGGGAAUCUAUGAACUGAACUUUUUAAUUGAAACACAGGCUACCAGACAGACACACGGACGAAGCUCGCCGGCUCAUUUCAUGUGCUGAUUUCAUUUUGCAGAUGAAAACGAAGCAAGACGAGGCAGAUGCUCGGUAGACUGGGAGUCUGCAGCGUUUUCGAGAGAAGCCUGGUAUAUCUGGCCCCAACUGGCUGCCUCCAAGAACCCUGGGUAGUUCAGAUAGAGCCACAGCACCAAUGUCACACUCUGGCCCCGCUCUCUACAGACCUCCUAAGAAAGGUCUCCCCGACCAGAGGCCCAAAUAUAACAUGUAUGAGCAGAAUGGCGGAACAGGAGGAAAUGGGAUGCCUGUAAGAUAUAUGGCAACUGGACCUUCAGGGGGAUCCAUGCAACACCAGCAUCAAGAUGAUCGCUCAGGGUCUUCUGGCUAUCAUCCAUUGCCUCCCCAAAUAGGAGAGCGAUACUAUGCUCCAGGCCAGGGGCCCAAAGAAGACCACCACAACAACUGGAGCCCCCGCAUGGCCAGCCAUGAACUUCACGGUCGUGGAUCAGAGAAGCACAUCUCCAAUAUUGACGCAGAGAUAGACUCUCUUACAUGCAUGCUGGCUGACCUGGACAAUCACCCUCAGAGCUCAAGCGCACCGUUGUAUGACAAUGUGCCUUACAGCAAGCACGUCCCUAUUGACCGAUAUAACUCUCCCAACCAGAUGGGGGCUCCACCAACAAGCAGGUCCUCAAUGGGCUACCCCGCUCCACUCCAAAACCAGUACCACCCCGCCCCACCGUACACCUCUACACCUCAGCCGGACUAUAUUUACCCCUCCGUCGCCUCUUCAGUCCACAAACCUUACCCACAACCAGUGCCUGCCUCCUACACCACUGCCUCCACCCCGACCGGUCCACGCUUUACUGUACAGGUGAAAACGGCUCAGCCCGUCACCUAUUCUCAGAGCGGACGACAGGCGGAGCAAGCGUACACCCCGCCACCGCCCCGUCAGCAUGCCUCUCGGCCCCCUCAGCAAGAUCGGCCACAUUAUGAAGCGCAGGGACAGGGCUGGUACCCACCGCCACCUCCCCCUGCACAAGAGCCUCAUGGAGAUCCCGCUGCCUAUAAGGGAGGAGCAGGGAAUAUGCCAGGAGGGAGAGCCGGCCAGGGAGUGCCGGUGAAGUUGAGUCAAGACCAAGUGUCAGCAUAUCAGUCUAACAAGGGGUCAGCACCGCAUCCAGAGGAAGAGUUGGAUCGACUCACCAAGAAAUUGGUGUAUGACAUGAAUCAUCCCCCAACUGAGGAAUAUUUUGGUCGAUGUGCUCGGUGUGGGGAUAAUGUUCUGGGAGACGGCAGUGGCUGUAUUGCCAUGGAGCAGGUGUUUCACGUGGAGUGUUUCACCUGCAUCACCUGUCAUGCCAGACUGAGAGGUCAGCCCUUCUACGCAUUAGACCGGAAGAGCUACUGCGAGAGCUGCUACAUAAGCACACUUGAGCGCUGUUCAAAAUGCUCUGAGCCCAUCCUAGACCGGAUCCUGAGGGCGAUGGGAAAGGCUUACCAUCCUCGCUGUUUCACCUGUGUGGUUUGCGGCUGUUGUCUGGAUGGAGUGCCGUUUACUGUGGAUGCCACAUCUCAGAUCCACUGUAUUGAGGACUUCCACAGGAAGUUUGCCCCCCGCUGCUCAGUAUGUUGUCAGCCCAUAAUGCCAGAGCCCGGGCAGGAGGAGACCGUGAGGAUCGUUGCACUGGAUCGCAGUUUUCAUGUUAACUGCUACGUAUGUGAGGAGUGUGGUCUUCUCCUGUCUUCAGAGGCCGAGGGAAGAGGCUGCUAUCCCCUGGACGGACACAUCCUGUGCAAGAGUUGCAGCGCUCGUCGCAUCCAAGACCUUUCUGCCAAAAUCUCCACCGACUGCUAACGCCCCCGUCCUGACUCGCUGUGCCCUUUCUCUGCUUCAUGGUUAUUCUUCAGAACAUGCAACUAUCUAACCAUCCACCACCUGGUAUUUCUUCCAUCCUCCACACUAAAUAUCCACACGUCAAUCGCACAAUCUCAUGGUAGCAUAGAGCUGUGGACAAAACAAACAAACAAUAGCUCUUGUGCUUGGAGGAGACUGACUGGAAAGAUGAAUCUUUAAUAGAGAGAAAGACAGGUGGUAAUGAAAUGUGUGAAAUCUUACGCGUGUGUAUGUUUAUACAAAAUGUGAGUCUUGUGAACAGGGUGCAUUUCUGACUUUGGA